AUGAUUACAAAAAACAAGAAACAUAAGGAGGAGGAGGAGAAGAAGAAUGGGAAGAACAACAUGGAGAGUGAUUAUGAAUCGAAUGAUUUCCCAAACGCUGGUCGGGUUCUAUCACACAAGUCAGACGUUAUAGUUCAUGUUUUUGGCAAGGGAAAAUGGAGGCAUCUUGCAAUUGAAAAUGGGAUUUCAAGAAACGGGUAUGUGGAUUCCGUUGAAAAGGAAGAUAUGUUUUUGGGUAGUGAUGGCCAACCGAAGCUCUCUGUGUCCCUUGCUCGGUAG